UCUCUUUCUUUCUUUUAACUCUUUAUCUUAUUUUAUUAAAAUAUAAUCAUGGUCAUCAACUCUAAAAUUCCAGAAGGAUGCGUACCUGAUGUAACAGUUCACCAGUAUCUGUUCAAUGAAGACUCAAAGAGUAUUGAUUGGGAUAAGCCAUGCUUUAUUGAUGCAGAGGAUGAUUCUCAAACACUUAGCUAUGGUGAUUUUGAUAAUCUGAUCAAGAGGUUUGCUACUGGUUUACAUCAUUGCUUUCCCGAAUUUGCUCUAGGAGAUGUUGUUGCAAUUUACUCACCCAACGAAUUGUAUUAUCCAGCUGUAGUUCAUGGAAUAGUAUAUGCCGGGGGUGCAAUUGCAUCAUUUGAUCAUUCAUCCGACGUAAACUUGGCUGUUGAGUGUCUCCAAACAGUUGGUGCAAAAAUUGUAAUUGCGCACUCAGAGACGCUAGAUCGUGCUAUUGAAGCUGCUGCAAUGGUAGGCAUACCUCGUAGGCAUAUAUUUUUGCUUGACCAGAACCAAGUCGAUGGUAUCAAAUCUGUGCAUAGUGCCAUGUGGACUCAUCAGGAGUUGGCUGCACCUAGGGAAAUGACCAAAGCUGAAUUAGAAACAGUACCAUCAUAUUUUUACUAUACAUCAGGUACUACGGGAAAAAAGAAGGCAGUAGCUAUCACGCAAAAGAAUUUGAUUAGCUGGUUGCAUAAUAACAAAGACUGGCAUCCUUUCGAAACCAGAGCUUUAUCGCAUUCCGAACUUCAUCAUGGGGGUGGCUUGUUGUUUACUAUGCAUACAUACUUAAAGAAUCGCUAUAGUGUGUUUAUGCUGAAAAGAUUUACCUUUGAAAAAUAUUUUAUAGCUAUUGAAAAGAACAAGAUCAAUACGAUCAGUAUUCAACCUUGGAUAGCCGCUACCAUUGCCAAGGAUGAUACACUUUUAAAACUGCACAACUUUUCUACAGUUCGAGUUGGGUAUUGCUCUGGAUCUCCUACUAGUAAAAGAUUGUGUCAAUUGUUCUUGAAGAAGCUCAACAUUCUUUUGGUCAAUAUGUACGGUAUGACGGAAACAAUGGCACCAUUCGAAACAGAUUUCGAAAGAUCUUCCCAAGGAUAUGUGGGUAGUUUGGGACAGGGGUUUUCUUGCAAGUUAAUUGAUGACGAUGGAAAAGAGGUUGGCUGUAACGAAAUUGGAGAGCUUUGUUUAAAAGAGCCAACCAAAAAACUUGGAUAUUAUAAUAACGCUGAAGCAAAUGCUGCAGCAUUUGAUGUGGAUGGUUUUUUUCACACAGGAGAUUUAUUUUGUGUUAAUGAGUACGGCAACUUUACUCAUAUUGAUCGGAUCAAUGAUGUAAUUAAGUAUAGAUACAAAAAGAUCACUCCACAAGAGAUUGAAGUUAUUUUGAUGAUGCAUCCAUUGGUAGUUAAUUGUGCAGUCGUUGGUUAUCAUUGUGAUGAACAGAAUGAAUGGCUCAUUCGUGCGUUUGUCACAUUAAAAGAGCACGAUAGAGAGAUAGAACAAGUGAAGCAAGAAAUUAUAGAUAUAACUAAAGAAAAUUUGCCCGAUAUUAAACAGCUCCGAGGAGGUCUGUUUGUAUUGGAUGAGUUGCCUAAAACCAAUACAGGUAAAAUCAACCGUCGAGCUCUUCGUCAAUACGAACACGCGGUACCAGCCUUUUAAAAG